CAGCACAGCACCACCACCACCACUACAACCACCAUCACCACCAUCACCACUACUACAACCACCACUACUACAACCACCACCACCACCACCACCAUGAAGACACUGGUCGUACUCUCCUGCCUACUGGCCCUCACGACUGCUAGGAUGGCCUACGUGUUGUCGUCGGGGUACGAGGAGGUCGUCGGGCAGGUCGUACAAGGCUUCAGCUGUGAGGGUCGUCCCUAUGGCUACUACGCCGACGUUGAUAACGCUUGUCGACUCUUCCAUGUCUGUGUGCCCAUCUAUGACGACCAGGGGCAGAUCACCACCGUGGACCAGUUCACCUUCAUGUGCGGUAAUCAGACCAUGUUUAGCCAGGAGUCACUCACCUGUACCAGCUCCGUGGAUUCCUUCCCCUGUAACGAGGCGCCGACUCUCUACGAUCUCGUCAACUCCGAGUUCGGCAGAAUCCCUGAAGGAGAGAGUAGGAGGUAGAGGAGGCGCUGACGGGGCGCUUCUGUUGUGAGACCAUGAGACAAAUGUGUUUGUUUAUGUAUGUAUCAAUGGUGUGUGUAUACAUGUAAGGAAUAUGUAUAUUUUGACAUACAGAUGGCACAUAAUACAUGAACGUACACAUACAUACAUACAAAUAAACAUACAAGUGUAAAUAAAAGAGAAAAU